AGCCCCGGCGCCCGUCGAGAGUGGGAGGGGAAACCCCGUGCGAGGGGCGCCGCCAUCUUGGAUAAGGGGGGGUGAUGGGGGCGCAGUGGAGCCAGCGGAGCUGAGCUGCAGGGAGCCCCGGAGAGAGGCGGAGACCCGGCCCGGCUGCUGCCCAGCCCGAAGCGGAGCGCUCGCAGGGCCCACACGGGCGACCGGGCUGCCGCCGACAGAGCCAAGCUGCACAGCCACCCGCUCCCCGAGCCCAGCGCCACAAUGGCAACUGCACCUUACAACUACUCCUACAUCUUUAAGUACAUCAUUAUUGGGGACAUGGGUGUAGGAAAGUCCUGCUUGCUUCAUCAAUUUACAGAAAAGAAAUUUAUGGCGGACUGUCCCCACACAAUUGGCGUUGAAUUUGGCACAAGAAUAAUUGAAGUUAGUGGCCAAAAAAUUAAACUACAGAUUUGGGAUACAGCAGGACAAGAACGAUUCAGGGCUGUCACGCGAAGCUACUACAGAGGAGCAGCAGGGGCUCUCAUGGUCUAUGACAUUACCAGAAGAAGUACAUAUAAUCACUUAAGCAGCUGGCUGACAGAUGCAAGGAAUCUCACCAAUCCAAAUACUGUGAUAAUCCUCAUAGGAAAUAAAGCAGACCUGGAAGCACAGAGAGAUGUUACAUAUGAAGAAGCCAAACAAUUUGCUGAAGAAAAUGGUUUAUUGUUCCUUGAAGCAAGUGCAAAAACUGGAGAGAAUGUGGAGGAUGCGUUCCUGGAGGCUGCCAAGAAAAUAUACCAGAAUAUCCAAGAUGGAAGCCUGGAUCUGAAUGCUGCAGAAUCGGGUGUACAGCACAAACCGUCAGCCCCGCAGGGGGGGCGGCUAACCAGCGAACCCCAGCCCCAGAGAGAAGGCUGUGGCUGCUAGUGACCUCUGUUUCGUGGCUCCAUUUCUGACCUUUCACCUUUCUCUGUUGGAAGCGGUGCUUUUGACUGCUUCACUGUCUUCUGUACAUCUUAUUGGGUUUAAUUAAAACUCUGAGAAAACAAUUUAACACAGUACUAAACUGCUAAAUGACUUUAGAUGUAAUCAGGUUAUCAAAGGCAAGUAGAGUAAUAAAAUCUCUCCUGCAUGGUAAAUCUAGAAGUUUUUUUUUUUUCCUUGAUUGUCCUUGUGAUAGUGUCACCAAUACAUAAUUUAAACUGAGCACUGAUGCUGGACUCUUGAUUUUACACUUUUGCAGGGCUUUGUCUUGUACGGUUUAAUUUUAUGAUUCUUCAGCCUUUCUUCCCCACCUCUAACUGUUUAGAGCUGUCCAUAGUAAAGGGUAAGUUUUGCUGUGAAAUGACUUCUGAGGGUAGAAAGGGGCUCUGUAACAAUGUGCUCUUGUUGAAAGCAUUCCCUGUGGUGUGUGUUGGGGGUAGGGGGUGGGCUGGUGCAGGAGUGUACAACUUACUUCCAUCUUAGCCUAGCACAGGGAAACAAUCCAUUAAUUCUUGUGCUCACAGCUUUACAUCAUUUUUUGCCACUUUUAAUCCUUUACAUUUGUUAACAGAACGUAAAUAUGUAUAAAAUUUGAAGGAACUGAGCUAACAGUUAAAUACAUCCUGUGUAUAUGAUUUUAAUGAAGAAAAUGAUUACUGGCAUUAGAACAGUAUGUAAGAAAAUAUCAGUUUGUACAGUAUGGACCUAUAUGUGACCACAUUGCUCCAUUAGUACUACAAAACUAGGUGUAACUGCAGUUCACUAACAUAGGCUUAACUCCUUGGUGUUGACAGUGGACAUUGUGCUGGGGGAGCUCUAAUCCCAAUGCAGAAAUUAACACUAGUGGAAUAUGUCUUUCAUCUUUGCACUGUGGUAUAUCUAUGCCAUUUUAUUAAUCCUGUUCUGUGCAAUCAGCAGUGUGCUAACCUGCUUUUCUCUUCUGUAAGCAUUUUGCAUUAUUGGGCUUCAUUACCUGCCUUGCAUUGUAUACAAAGGCUGGUUCUCUUGCACAUCUUACGCUUUUAUACCUGUAACUUUUUGAAUGGUCAGAUACUGAACUGGACAGUCAACAACAUAUGUGCUCUCUAGGGAUUUUUAACUACUUCUGUAUUUUUUAACAAUACAGUGUGAGGUUUUUCUUUUCUUAGGACUUAGAUUUCUUCUUAAUAAAGACUCAAAACACAUCCUUUGUGGGAUGAUGCAAGCUAUAAUCCUGCUUGUAUAAAGAGGAGAUUUCAGGUGGCGACUGCACAUGUGGAUUCUGUUAUAGUACGUGAGGGGUUUUCUACUUUGUUCAAAAUUCAGAUGUGCUCUACAUGCAGUACCAUACUUCACGUGAGGCUUCACUUGGAAAAUGUAAAAUGUGCUUUAAAGUUGUAAGGGGGCAAGUGCUUAACAGUGAUCAAAUGUCCAACUCCUAGUCUUACUGCAGUGUUUAAAAUACAAAGUAGUCUUAAAAUCCCUGUCUAGACACUAAAACUCUACAAUGUUCAGACUUGUAAGUAAACAGUGGUACCAGAGUAUUGUACAGUCAAUGUUAAAUAAAAGCCAAAACUGGAAUGUGCAAACAAUAGGAUUUGAGUAACUUGUACACUGUCCCUUUGUUUUGUCUGGUUAGUCCUUUUUUUCUUUUUUCUUUUUUUUAACUAAUAAAAUAGUGAUAUGUUCAAGAUCUAUAGCUAAUGCAUCCUGCUUAAAAGAAGGUUGUACCACAAAGGGGUUUGCCCAGGGACCAUGACCUGCUGCUGAAAUGAAAUUUGGGUACAGCAAAUGUUCUAAUGACUACAGCUGGUUAAGGUGCAAUACCUUUAUUCCCAAAAUAAGUUACAGUAGGUCUUAAUUGUUUCUGUCACAGAAAGGAUGUUUGGACUGCUGUACUCUUCAUUUGAUGUAACAAUGCUAUUAAUCUAAAUAUUUGUAAAUAAAGUACCUGUAUCUAGAUAAACUA